AUGGGCAUGGGGUGGUCUCGAUUGUUCAAAGCAACAAGAAAGACCGCUAAGAGGAAUCGAGCCCAAGCGGGCCGAUACCCUCAAAGCCGCUCAAGAACCUCUGACCGGAGUGACCUGGGCUGGAAAAAUGACAACCAGCUGAUACCUCUUGAGAAGGAGGACCUGGACAAGGAAGGCGUCGAAAGCAUCGCUAGGUUGUCUCAGUCCAUUUGUAGCCGUGUGAAAGGCAAGAAACGGCACGGGUGA